UCGAAGGAAAUCAAUAAUGACACGAGUAGUAAAAUUUUAGUGUAAAAAAUACCCCCAAAUUGUUCAUUUCGCCAUCGUCAUGGAGCCCAAUGAUACAUUCUAUGUGAAAGCUGAGUAUAUAGAGACAGCAUCUGGGAAUAAAGUGAGCCGACAGUCGGUCCUCUGUGGCAGCCAGAAUAUAGUACUCAACGGAAAGUCAAUCAUACACUCUGACUGUAUAAUCAGAGGUGACCUCGCCAAUGUAAGAAUCGGCCGGAGCUGUGUCAUAGGUCAAAGAACGGUCAUCAGGCCACCCUUCAAGAAAUUCAGUAAAGGUGUGGCGUUUUUCCCUCUGCAUAUCGGGGAUCAUGUAUUUAUCGAUGAGGAUUGUGUCGUCAAUGCAGGUCAAGUUGGAUCCUACGUACACAUAGGCAAGAACUGUGUCAUUGGUCGGAAAUGUGUUUUGAAGGACUGCUGUGCAAUAGCUGAUAACACCUACUUACCCCCAGAGACAGUGGUACCCCCAUUCACACUGGUAUCUGGAUCACCAGGUGUGGUUGCCGGAGAACUGCCAGAAUGUACUCAAGAUCUAAUGAUUGAUGUAACCAGGGGGUACUACUCUCAUUUUCUCCCGGUCCAAGAAGUGAAAUGAAUAGCGCAUUUGUAAACUUCUACUUCACAACUCCAGGUACAACUUGAUGUUGUUUACGCGCUUACGUCUUAGACUUGACUUUGAUCAGUGCCAGGGUCUAAUGACACUCUGGUUCUGGUGGUUAUCUAAAAGGUGUUUUUUUUUUGUAUGGCUUGUUAAGUUUUUGGGACAGCGGCGAUUAAUUCAUACUUGACCAUCUUGCCCUAGUAAUUUGUCUGUUCACCCUUGAAGUUACAUCGCCCCAAGUUUUCUUAGGAAGAUGCAACAAAUGAAUAAAUAUUUUCCAAUAGAAUUUGGACAGAUCAUGCAGUUUUAAAAACAAUAUCAAACACUUGUAUCAUGCAAAAUUGUUCACAAGUGGCUAUUGAUAACGCGAGAAAAUGAUGUUUAUUUAAACUAACUAUUGCUAUUCCUAAAUAGAUUUUUUUUGGGGGUGGGUUCGGUGUCUCGGCCAGUUUUGCAGAUCUCUUGACUGAGGUCUGUAGACUGUUGGGGGGACAAGUUUUACCAGUCUCAGGUAUCAGUUUUGGUCUCAGACGCUAAGGUCUUGUCCUGAUUUUUGUCUCAAACUAUUUGGAUCUUGACUACAACUUUGCCAUUGACUUAAGGAAAUGGCUUUCUAACAUUCAAAAUAAUUGUUUCCAUAAAUUCCGCAAAACAAAAAUGCAAUGCAUCUUUAAGUAAAUACUUGUCAGAUGUUCUUUUAUCACAAACCGUUCCUUGAAAAUUAUAUCUCUUUCUACAAGCCUCAAUUUCUCUUUCUACAAGCCUCAAUUUUCAGAUAUAAACUGGGACUAGGGCAAUGCUUAAAAAAAACCUGCUUUACUAUUUAAUUUCAAAUUCAUACAUUUAUGUACAAGUCUUUAUUUAUUUGGUGAA